GUACAUCAGCUAUAUAGUAUAUAGUUUCAGACGAUUAUAAAACAAAUUAUUCAUAUUGUACUUCUGUGUAUUUAUGAAGUUGUGCUCAUGUAAUGUACAUCAUAUGAAAUACAAAUCAUAUUCAAACCAUAAAAUCAUUAUUCAUUAAACAAAAUCGCAAAUUAAUCAUAUACAUUUUAUUUAAACGAUGUGUAAUAAUACCAAAGAAGAAGAUAUUGUUGAAAAAUGGGGUUUGCCAUUGAAAGAAUUAUAUACACUGGCGCUUAAGUUUUUUAAGGAAAAAGAAGGUAAAGCUAUACAUUUUACUUAUGACGAUAAAUUAAAACUUGUUGCAUAUACUCGUCAAGUUAGUCAUGGAAAGUUAGAUGAAUCAAAAUUACCACCUUUAGGUGUAUUUGAUGUUAUUGGAAGAGAUCGAAGAUUAGCAUGGCAAGCACUUGGUGACAUGUCAACAGAAAACUCCAUGAUUAAUUUUGUUAAAUUGGUGAAUAAAGAAUGUACUUUAUUCAAACAUACUGUUGAAGCUUAUAAAGCUGAUUUGAUUGAACAGAAACGUAUUACUGAUGAAAAUAUGAAAAAAGAACAAGAAGAACUAGAAAAACAACUUGCACUAAUGGAAUUAAAACAAAAAGAUGAAGAAGAAAGAUGUAGACAAGAAAAUACCAAACAACUCAUUCAAGAAGCUUUAAAUAAGCAGACUUAUAGCCAGUUUUUGACUUAUGCUCAAAAUCAAUUUCCAAACAAUCCAGAUGAACAAGCUGUACUUGUGAGACAAUUACAAGAACAACAUUAUCAUCAAUACAUGCAACAAUUACAACAAAACUAUGAACCCGGUAAAGAAUUAGAAAUAACUACUAAUUCUAUAACUCUUCCUGAAGAUAAGAUUAAUGAACAUGAGAGCAUCAAUAAUGAGCAAAGUGAAAAUGCAGAAUGUAUAUUUUUAAUCAAUUUUUUACACAACUUAUUCAGCAGUUUUUUUUUUUUAGAUUCUGUUCAAACAUUGUUUCCUGCUUCAAUGUGGACAAGAAAAGAUAUUGAUGAAUUUAAAGUUAAUUUACUACGAGAAGGUGGAGAAGCCGUUAUUAAAGUAAAUCAUGGAGAAACAGUUACGGUUAGAGUUCCUACGGCUGAAGGUGGAAACUGUGUAUUUUGGGAAUUUGCUACUGAUGGUCAUGACAUAGGUUUUGGUGUUUACUUUGAAUGGGUUAAACCUAGUACUAGUCAAGUUUCAGUGCAUGUGUCCGAGAGUGAAGAUGAUGAUUGUGAUGACUUGGAAGACGAUGAUGACGGUAAUAUUAGUCAAGAUUUACUUCAUGAAUUAGAACAAAAUGGUGUUACAAUUAAAGAUAUAAAAAAUAGUAAUCAGAUGAAUCGACCACCAUUAUCAAUAAUAAUACCAGUAUAUCGAAGAGAUUGUCAUAAGGAAAUAUAUGCUGGAAGUCAUGUAUAUCCAGGAGAAGGAGUUUAUUUACUUAAAUUUGAUAACUCCUAUAGUUUAUGGAGGUCAAAAACAUUGUAUUAUAGAAUAUAUUACUCUCAAUAAUGUAUUAAUUUUGUUCUGUAUGAAAUAUUUACGAAUAUGUUAGUCAGCUUAAAAUUUUAUAAUCUUUUAUUCAACUUCUUUUUAAUCCAAAUUAUUGUUGAAAUAACUUAA